UGAUUGGCCAAGCGACAUCGCAAUGUAUCGACUUCCCAUGUCCCAUGGCUGGGUCUGUUAAGAACAAACUAAACUACCAGUCUACCACUGCCCUGGGAAACAUCCUGGCACGGACGGUCUCUAACAAACCUAACAAACCUAACGUCCGUCCGUCCCGUCACAACCACCAAACCUUUUUUUCUGUAACCUCAUGUUCCAUCUAAUUUUCUUCGCUUUUCAUGGACCCCUGACGUCGAGCUUCUCUGACCCCUGCUGAGAAAGUUGUGUCCGCCGCAACCCUGAACAAGUCAAUUCUUAGGAUCGUCCUUCCCCCUCCCAUAUCGUUGUCCUCCACUAUUAUCAGCUAUCACUCACUAUCAGCCAAGAUCUGGCAACUCAAGCCGAUCAUAUGGUGUCUUCUCUCAAUCAAUGCCAAGCUAGGUUAAAGGUUAUAGACUAUACUGUGUCUUCAUCACAAACAUAGCACUCCACGCUUCUCAGGUCGUCCUUUUACCAUAGCCAGAAUCUAAACAUACCUAGGUAGUUAGAGAACACUUCCCUCCAUGUGGGAUGUCACAACGUCAGUUCCAUCACCCGACAUGUUCGCCCCGUUAGCGAAUGCUAGGUAGCAACAACUGGGACCCAUCUCUGCCCGGCCCCAGAACAGCAUCCACCAAGCCAACAUCAUCCCAGCAGUGUCAAUCUAAUGAGACGGCUGACGGUGAUUGAUGUGGAGGCGUAUGGCUCCUCACCCAAUUCGACAUGAUCAAGUGUCCCGGCCACGAAUCAUGAUGAUGAUGAUGAUGAUGAUGGGGAGGGGCAUCAAGUGUUCCCCUCACACGCCAGGUAUAGCCGUGAUGGUGUUAGACCAAGCCAAAAGCUCGGGGAACCCCUUACUAUAGCAAGGUCUUGCUAUGGUAUAUGACUGACUAACAGAUGGUAUGCAUCUUUUAGCUGCAUUUCUCAGCAGUUGGUGCACUCAUUCGUGGUUGUUCUGGUUUAUAGGGCAGGGAUAAGUUGGUUCAAAUCACUCAUGAACCCCCCUCGUUGCAGGUGUCAACACCAAUUAACUGUCUGGCUCUGUUUCGAGGAUCUUACGUGGAGGACAUGGCCAGCACAUAUGCUCUUCCUCAUGCCAAAGAAAGGCUCAGCAGUGCAACUAACGAGGCUUCCGCCCCAAUGAUUCCUGUUAUCCGGUUCCGCUUCAUAGACUAUCAUGCGCAGUAAGUCUAGAAGCAAUCAACAACAGCUGAUCUUAGCGCAAGGAGAUGUCCUAUUGCUCGUGUGUCUCUGUUCUGUUAUCUGAAAAGAGCAGUUCGAACUUAGUUGAGCAAAGCUUUCAACAUCUCCAACCCAACCUUGGAGCACAUGUCACAAGUUAAUAAACGGACCCUUGGAAUGUCCGUGUGUCUGGGGUUGAGUUGAUAGAGCGGAUGGGUUGAGCUGUCUAGCCCAAGCACUUAGCUAGCGUAGCAUCUGCUUUUGACAGCAUCUACGAUUCUACGGAGUAUUCCAUGUGGUAACAGGAAUGGAUGAGUCCGCUGUAACGCAUGAAAUUGCGGCUUGUCAUGUUAGGAAAUUGCCAGCCGCUCUUUAUUUCAUUUCGGUCGGUUGCUACGUUGGUGGUAUAUCGCUGUUUGGUUCUUGUAUCUUCGGAAUUUCCGUUGAUAUCUGGUGAACCCCACCUAUUGCUCACCAUAAGAACCAGCCAGCUUCAUACCAAAAGUCUACUGCAACACCAGCCUUUUUGAAACAUUGAUCAUGACUCGUUGCCCGAAGGAAGCCGGUCGUCUAUCGCGGCGAUAAAGAAUAUGUAUGUAGGCGUAGGCCAUGCUUGGACACCGUCUUGAUCUUGGCCCUUGCUCAUAAGACACGUCACAUUUCGGUGCCUUGAGUCCUUGUCACUGACCGAUUGAUACCAGGACGGGAACUGAUAGUCAUUUUUGCGUCAUGUACUAACAAAUGAAAGAGAGAGAGGAGAAAACCCUUCCUGCGAAUAGUCCAGAAGAGGAUCCAAAAGAGAGAAGAGUAAACAAGAGACGUCAUGCCAGGGUUGCUCCGCUUAAGACUUGAGCUCCUAAUCUAUCUCUGUCGCUAGCUCACAGUUGCAGUCGCAAAUAAAACGCCGGUUCCUCGUCAACUUUGAAUUCCCGUCCAGGGCCAGAUCCUUCGAGUUGAAUGAUUGGCCUCGGCCAAGCUCUCCCUGGCCAUCCCCCACCUAGUUUGUGCAUCCAAAGCAUGUGCUGGUAAUGCUUCUGAUUGGACUGUACGUCCCGGUUGAUGGGAGGCUCCGGAGUCAUGGAGCUCCAAGUUCCACUACAACCUGAACUUCCUGCGAUUACCGGCAAGUUCUAAUCCGGGGGCUAUAACGCACUUACAACCUCAAAGAGGCUUUUAAUCUUCGAAACUGCAACUAUUUGAUAGUCCUUGCUCACCGACUCGCCGUAUUCGCUAAAAUUUUGUUGCCCUUGGACGCUAUCAGCAUGACUUACCACGCCGAAGACUUGGUAAAGCUGCAGCAGUAUUCCGCUUGUGAUAUCUCAGACGCACUCCUCAAGUUAAAGGUUCCCGGCGCCGGCUUUGUUGCCGAUCUGAACCUAUACAGCUCUCCUGAAGGUGAUGCAACAUCGGUUACCGUUGCUCCAGUUUCAACAGUUCUCUUCGCCUCCAAGGGACAGGAUCUCCUAGAAACACAAAAGAAUAUACCUGAGGGAACGCAUUGGGCCGAUCUGACGGAACCAGGAAGCAUUGUGGUUCUCAAGCAGCCCGAUGGUCAAAAGAAUGCUGUUUGUGGUGGGAUCAUGGCAGUUCGCAUGAAGGUGUGCCAAGCCAAGGGCAUUGUUGUAGCUGGGCGAGCCAGAGAUAUAGCGGAACUAAAGAGUACUUCCUUACCGAUUUGGGCUCGAGGGUUGUCCACUGUUGGGGUCGGUGGAGGGAGCGUGCCCUGGGCGAUCCAGGUACCUCUCGACGUUGAUGGAACCCUCGUCUCUCCUGGCGACCUUGCAUUUAGCGAUCCAAUCAACGGGGUGGUGGUCAUUCCUCAGAACAAGGUUUCUGAGGUCCUCGAAUUGCUGCCCAAGCUGACAGCGGCUGAUGAAAGGGUCAAGGAAGAUGUGCUCAAAGGUGCAACGGUUUUUGAGUCCUUCAAGCUUCAUCGAAGCAAUCUUUGAACAAGCUCCGUCAUAGGGCAUAAAGAAUACAAGACUACGGCCUUGGACAAAGGUCUCCAUGAAAACAACGGCACAGCGUACGGUGGCUGGCUGGUUCUGAGCGUCACAUAAGCUGUACAUCACGGGACCACGUGAGAUCUACAAGGAGUUUGUAUCAAGUAACCCGAAGCACGGAUGGAUGGGCCAACAAUACAGUUUUUUGUGUCAUCAGUUCAUUAACAUGCCAUCAUCAAAGUAGGAUCUCUACCAUGACUUCCAAACAACCAACAAUCAACCUUAGCUCCAGACCAACAAGGAAAUACAUGCAAGAAACAAAUGCUGGCACUUCAAGAUUUGCCAUUUCAUCACAGCCACAUAUCCUUCUCCUUACUCGGAGUGGAUGCCUUAUCCAAGCCAAAAUCGAGCUUCGGCAUCUCAAGCUUUGGCGCCGCCUCGACCGGUUUCUUCUGACCACCUCCAGUUUUCUUUGGUGAAGCCCGAGCGUCAGGGGGCGGCCCGUAUCGCACAUCCUUGACAUCCCAACCAUCCUCGGCCGCCGCUCCGACCCAUGUCCGAAGCCCGUCAUGCACACUUCCAUAAAACUUCUCUUUGCAGAGUCGUAGGCUACCACCAAGGCAUCGCUCCCAUCCCGAGAUUCGGAACUGUGCGCGGAGAGUGUUGCGCUCCUCUUGUGUCGGUGUGCAGGCCAAGAUGGCGUUCAUGAGAUCGAGAUGAGAAGCCAGGUAGUUGGUCGCAUCCCAUUCGACUCCGCCCACAUAUGGUGCUGCUGGGACCGGGGGUCGCUCUUGAGGGAAAUGUCGAAGCAUGUAACUGUACGGACCAGGGGCAGGGUCACACGUCGAGGGGCGGUCCGAAGGAAGGGAUACAACGUUGACGUUGUGAAGGAAGAUCCAGAAUACUUCCUUAGUGACGCUAACAACCUCCUUGCCCCAAACGCGGUAUGGCCUUUCUUGUCUCAUCUCUAGGACAAAUGGCAAUGGGCGCUGGUCCUCCUUUGGCUCGGGAUCUCUGAGGUGUGCGAGAAUGCUCUGGGCUCUUAUGACCCGUUCGGCUGGUGCAGCAGACUCAACAUACGUGAACAAGACAGAUGUUAUGAUGUUACGAGUGGUAACUCGCUGGGACCCUUCUUCUCUGGGUCGAAGAGCAUAUGUAGGAGCUUGGGAAAUAGAUCGCUCUGGAUCGUGUGAAGGUAUUGCAUGGCCCGAGCUGUCGUCGACAACGCCUUUAGGCAGAGAAGAUUCUCGUGGAGCAGUGCAUCUUCAUGCUCCUCCCUAUCAAUCGUUAGUCGCGUUUGUGGGAAAACAUCUUGAAUUUGACUUACCUCCAUUCAACCUCCAUGAUGCGGUUGAGCAGACCUACAAUUUCCUUCAUGCCGCCUUGCUGAAUAAAGUCCUCGAUCCAUGCCACUGUCUCGUUCCUGAGAAGCAGUCGUAGCUUGUGAACUUUGCCGACCUCGACAAGUUCUGGUUUUUGAACCUUUCUGAGAUAGGCCACAUAAUCGCCUGGGCCUUGGUUGAGCUUAAUCUUGGAGAGGAUUCCAGAGUUGGAUACGGAGCCGCUGGAUCCAGGAGGCCCUUCGCUGACUACGCUGUCGGUGGACUUGCUUCUGAAAUGACGACCUAGUGUCCCUUCGCCCUUUGACUUUUUGAUGGGAGAGCUUGGCUCCUUUGAUUCCUUUCUUCCUCGUGAGAGGGUAAAACUCUUGCCUCGUGAUCGCUUCUGUUUCUCCUCAUUUUGCGCGCCGGCUUCCAUGACCAAGCCGCUGUUGGCGCUGUCUGUUGAGCAUGAUCUCUCUGUACGAGAAGCUUGUGAUUCGGCCCAGUCCUGGCGGAUAAACUCCAUCUUGAUGGUGUCGCUCAGGUUCCUCAUCUUGUACCUCUGAUUCUCUGGAAUGUUUCGUCGGUCUAACAUGGCUUCAAGAUGCUUGUCAAUAUCCUUAGGGUCAAGUACUGCCUCGGUCGGUUCAGGGACAACUGAUGUCGAUUUGGAUCGGCUAUGGUUGAAUGUAGUGAAGACGCUCAAGACCUUACCUCGACCGCUCUUACUCUUGGCCUCAGUUGAGUCUUUUGAUCCCUUUCGGGAAUCAUUUGAAGGGCGUGCCUUGGUUGGUGAGGGGGGUGGUUCCAUUCUUCCCAGCAUGGGAUGGUACGAUUUUGGUCGCUCCUUGACGGCGACUCGACUGCCAUUAUAAAGAUCCUGAGCACUUGGUGCCCGUGCUUCGUCCAUACUACGGCGUGUGCUUUGGGCUGGUUCGAUGUUCGGUCGAGAGGCAAACUGAGAAUAAAUGGGUGUCGGUGCAGGGUCCGCUGCAGGUUCUUCGGGAGUUCUGUUUUCCUUGUCCUUGGAUGAAUUGACAUUGUCGUCGGAUCCGAACCUGCCCAAGUUUCGCAGCGUCUUGGGCUUGAGCAGACCAGCCAGGUUAGUUGUUGACUUUGGUCGCUUCGGCUUGGUGGGCGAGGGAUCGCGAGAUUUCGAGCUUUUGGCUUCUUUGCCGGGUGCUGUUAUGAUGGUGAAGUUGCCAAAGCUGCUCUUGGUCGGGGACUGUGAUCGGCCUCGGUCUUGUCGCCUUGAGAAGCGUCCGGAGGACUCUUGCUGGUUGUAUUGUAGCUCUGCCAGUGCCCCCGGAUUGGAGUAAUUCUCAAAAGCCAUGAUCUUGGGCUGUAUAGGAGAGACAGGGCCAUCAAACGGGGCUUGGAAUGAAUGGGUAUCAGUGGAAGCCUGACGACGAUGCAUGAAGCCCUCGAGGAUGGAAGAUUUGGGCCGUGGUCUUCGACCGGCGUCGAAGCUGUUUACGUCGUUUGUAUUCAUGGUGUCGAGCCACGAUGUCCGUGGUUAUAUGAGAGCUGCUAAGUAGCUUUCGCCCCGGGCGUCACAACGAUGUAGAAAUGAAGAUGUAAAACAACUGGUAAUGAACAAAACUAAGUCUCACACCAACUGUUGAGAAUAAGAAACCAACUAAGACUGCGAA